AUGUUUUACAAAAAACAAAUACAGUCACAACAAACUGUUACCGUUUUUGUUUUUACUCGUGUAUGCUAAAACACUAUUUAUUUUGAAAUAAUUGUAAUAAGUUCUGGUUGUAGUACGGAAUUGUCGGAUUUUGAUUAGGUCACAUUGCGACAUAAAUGACGAACUUUCCGGAUACUCCCAAUACUAGUUCUGCUUUCUGUUUUUUUUAAUAAUCAUUGCUACGUAUAUACCUAGUUUUUAUUAUAUGUAUAUAUGUAUAUAUGUAUAUAGUAUUGUAUUAGAAGGUCCGUGGGUGAGUUGUCUUUAUUUUGGUGUAACUCACAAAUACAACGCAACAAUUACUGUUUAUUCUUUAGCAUAACAAAUAGUCAACAAAAUCUUCAUUUAUAACUAAAUGUAAAAUUCACAAAAUGACAAUAUAGACGCACGUUUUAAUCCAUUGGGUAAAUGCAGAGCAAUUUAAAAUGGAGUUGUCAAAAGUGACGUCACUUCCUCUAUAGAAUGAUUGUCUCAGUGGAGUUGCCGUAGUAUUUCCGCUGCUGAUUUACUUGCCAUAGUACUUUUAUUAUUUUACAAAGAAGGUGAGAGUUUACAUUUUAAUUCGGUUCAGGGAAAUGUGGCGGCAUAUUUAUCAUGCACGACUAAUUUCCAGGCACGAAAAAACAAUACGUCUUCUAAAUUUUGUGAGAUAAUAUGGGUAGUAGCUAGUUAUACAGUUUGUGUACAGUAAACCUAUUUAAAUUGUUGGAAAUAUUUUAAUACCGAAUGUGAAGAACAUUAUAGUUUAUAAUAAAUUCAGACAAUUACAGUGACUUAUGCCAUGUGGUCCACCGUGAUAUACCAGCUAAGGAAGUGCCUGAUGACUUCUUUACCUUUCAACAAUCAAGGCUCUUCAGUUACCCUUGUGUUGCCUUAUGCCCCACUCAUUCAAUGCUACAGGGGUUUUAACUCCAACCUUGGAUGUAGCCGGCUGAGCAAAAAUAACACUAGACAGGACAAUGUGCAUGGUGGACUAAAAAAGAGCACAAUAAGACAAAGAACAGAAGACUUAAUUGGUAGGGUCACAGAUGGAAGAGGAAAGAUGCAGAAUGCUUCCAUCCCCAAAUCUGUGUUUGCUGCUGGAACGGCAAAGAAGACAGCAGAGAUGCAGAAGAGAAAGGCGGGUUUAUCCUCAGAAGAAGAUCAUCGCCCUGAUGUGCUUGCAAGGAGGAUGAGCAGGGGAGAUGGAAAUGCGCCACCUCCUGAAAAGCCACUAUCUGUUGAGGAGUGGAAGCAACUGAAAGAGUCUCUGGGAAAUCCAGCACGAUUUGACAUCAACAUGUUAUCUGCACUGUUGCAUAAUGGGGCAGAUUUGGAUAUUGCAAAAUCUCUGCUGACAUUUGCAGCUACAGAAUCGGGAACUCUAUCCUAUGAGUUGCUACUACGGUACCUGACACUUUGUGUGAAAGGCAAUCAUGACACUGAAGUAUUUGAUGUUUAUGACAUCAUGCGAGGGAGCUUCCCUUCUCUGGAUACUGGAGCUUGUAGUCUUUUUAUCAGGUCUUUCAGCCGAACUGCAAGGUGGAAAGAAGCCCUCAGCAUCCUACAAUACUUCAAGAAAGUUGUUACCCCAUCACCGGGCAAUUAUGGUCAUAUAAUUGCAGCAGCAAUGCUUCACGGUGACUUAAUCACUGCCUGGGCUCUUUAUGAUGAAUUAAUGGCAAAGGGGCUGAACCCACAACAAGAAACUUGGACCUCUUUGUUUAAGAGAGUGUGCACAGAAGAUGUAGCGACCAUGUCGCUUAACCAGCAGAAGGAGAGGCUGCUGGGAAUUCUGCUGUACCUGAGGAACAACCAGGUUUACCCGCAGCUCAGCCUUGCGAGCAGCAUCAAGACAUGGUUUGAAAGUAUUCCAGGACAGCAUUGGAGAGGAGCUUGGACCAGUGCUUCUCCGAAGGGAACGUGCAAAAGUUGUGGAACAGAGUUAGAAUCCAUUCAGCUGACUGCUGAGGAGUACCAACAGCUGAGAGACAGAGUCAUGACCGAUAUCAUCCAGGGACGAGACAUUUUUAACAAGACAACACCAGAGGAGUUGGAAAGAUUCAAGGCAUUUGUGAAGAAGAAGCCCGCUUUUGAUGUUGUUGUGGAUGGACUUAAUGUGGCAAAUAACAACAACAACAGAAGCAAACUGUCGGAGACGUUGUUGGCAGUGGUGUCGGAGCUCAAACUACAGGGCCUGACCAUUCUGGUACUGGGGAGGAAACACAUGCUGCAGCCAUCCAGAUUGUGGGACAAACACAACAUGAAACUUAUCCAGCAGAGAGCCCAUUGCUUUUUCACUGACAACAUUUCUGAGGAUGACCCGUUCUUGCUGUAUGCCACAUUGCACUCUGGGAACCACUGCCGCUUUGUGAGUCGGGACUUGAUGAGGGACCACAAGGCUUGUCUGCCGGAUGAAGCCACCAGGCGGCUCUUUUUCAAAUGGCAGAGAGGACAUCAACUGGUGGUGCACGGACAUGUUUUGGUGGGGAAGAGGGUACAAUUUCAGAGUGUUGCCGGCUAUGACACCAUUGUCCAGACUUCAGGAGACGCCUGGCACAUCCCCUAUGAUGACACAGAUGUCAGGAGCUCAUAUGAAGUUCCACAGAAAUGGCUGUGUCUUACCAAGAUGCACUGAAUUUACCCACAUAUUGAAAUAUUUUGUGUUAAUAAAAAAAGUU